GCUGAGCGAGCGCUUCCGGCGGGGCCUGCGGAUCGGCGCGGCGCUGCCAUGAGGAUCGAGAAGUGCUACUUCUGCUCCGGGCCCAUUUACCCGGGCCACGGCGUCAUGUUCGUGCGCAACGACUGCAAGAUAUUUAGAUUCUGCAAAUCAAAAUGCCACAAAAACUUUAAAAAGAAGAGAAAUCCAAGGAAGAUCAGAUGGACCAAAGCAUUCCGAAAAGCAGCUGGCAAAGAAUUGACAGUGGACAAUUCAUUUGAAUUUGAAAAACGUAGAAAUGAACCAGUAAAAUACCAGAGAGAGCUGUGGAACAAGACUGUUGAUGCAAUGAAAAGGGUGGAGGAAAUAAAGCAAAAACGCCAAGCUAGGUUUAUUAUGAACAGACUAAAGAAGAGCAAAGAAUUGCAGAAGGCAGAAGACAUCAAAGAAGUCAAACAGAACAUCCACCUUCUUCGUGCUCCACAUGCAGGCAAACCGAAACAACUGGAGGAGAAAAUGGUGCAGAAGCUACAAGAGGAUGUGGCCAUGGAAGAAGACUCUUAAAACGCUUUUAUUUCUUACUGUCAUUUCCUCAGCAGUUAACAGUCGCUUACUGUUUCGCGUGGUGUCACUUGGAGCUGUGCUUGCAAUUGAAGAAAAAUACAUUUUAAUAAAUAGUGGACACUUAGAGUUUGAAUUAUUUUUGUUGUUAUAAAACAAAAUAAGAAGGAUAAUGGUUUGGACAGUAAUUACAGUUAUCUAAUUGGAGAAAACCUUGACAACAGGAUGAAAAAUAAAGCAUGUUAUUUGAGAUAUGUAUUCUUUGUUAUCAAGAAAGAAAAUAUAAUUUUCCCUCUCCCUAAUGAAAGAAGUUGGUACUAGACAUUUGUUAUUUUGUCUGUUCUUCUCUGGUGGUAAAAGCAGGUAAGAAUGUGUAGUAAUAGUAACAAGAUGAAGAAAGUUGUAUUAUUUUUCUUCAGUGCAAUGGAGAAGAUUUCUUUUCACUCUGGUCUUUGGGAAAAUUGUUCAGUUUGUUAUGAAUGCAGAUUGUGUUUGUUUUAUUUUCUCUUAAUGUGAGUCUCCUCAAGAUUACAGUGCAGAUGACAUCUAAACGUAGCAACGCUAACUUGUAUGUAGGACUUACUGCCAUUUGGAAGGUAGUAACGGUGAUCACAUCCAGCCUGAAGGUGGAACUGCCAUCCUCCUGAGCUGCUGAAAUUCAAAUUUGACUUAUAAUGAGGUACGAUUGAGCUGCUGAACAAAUCACAGCUCUGACUGUUUUUUCCUAAUGCUCAGGAUUAUUUUGAUAGAAAGAAAACUCAUGUUAAGCAGAGGUAUUUGCAUAUCAUGGUGGUAUUUAUGCAGUGUUCAUCAGUACCGAGAUAAAUGCUCUGCUGUUUUAAUCUUUGAACAGUUUAUCUACAACUGUGUGAUUAGAGAAGCUUUUCAAAAGUAUUUAAAAUAGCAUUUACUUGUCAGUGGUAGUUGCCCUCUAAAAUAAUAAUUUAUGGUUCUGUUCCGAACUUGAAUAUGUGCUGUAUCAGUUGGUAAACCUCCUACCGCCUACUUGUGUAUUGUGUGGUUCAGGGAAGCUGUGUUAGAACAUGGUAAGAGAGGCAAUGGGGAGCGUGUGAAAUAAGUAGGUGUUGUGCUGUGUUUUUCAUCUUUUGAUUUAUGAAUUAUGUUCUCAUGUUUAAAAUCUUUGUCGUAUUUAUAUGAGGUAAAAGUUCUAGUAAUACAAACACCUAAUUUCACAUUUUCAUGAAAUAAUUUUCAGUGGAGCAACUCGUUUGGCUUCCUGAGCAGCUGAAAAAGCACGUUUUAUUUCCAGCUAGGGAGUUAAGUAAUGGAGAUUGCUGUACUGGGAGCUGGGUCUGGUUUGGCGUGUUAUAGGGCAAAAGAAGGAGCAAUACAAAGAUGUUUAAUGGCCUUUCCUCCUCCAGUUUAUUAACUGUCUGGGUUUGAGGAGCGCAGGGGGAAAGUACCAAUGAGAUCAGUGUAAAAAUAGAGGGGCAACCACUAAUUUGUAGUAUUUGUGGUUUUGGAACGACAAAUGUUAACAGAAACUUAAAAAACUAAUGGUAGGUCUUCUCUGCAGGGUAGCAUUUCUGUUUUAUGAGCUGUUCAGUUCUCUCUGAAUUCUGCUGUUUGUUCUUGCAUUCAUUGACGGAGAUUUGGAGGGAAGGCAGGGAUUAUUUGGUCUCCUGAGUGUUGGAAGUAGUUCAUAUGUUUCAAAGUGUCCAGCCUAUGGAUUUUGGUUUAAUGGCCCGUGAAAUAUAUGUGUUUUAAAUAUGAAAGUGUCCUAUUAAUUUUAAAGCAUUGCUGGAUUUGUUUUGCAGGAUAAGUAUUGAAUUUUGUCCUUAAUCCUGGAAGUGAGAUACUUUGCCUAAAUUCUAAUUACAGGUUAUUUUUGCUGAAUUUUAAGGAGCUGAUUAAUGUUUGACAAGUGGCAACUUACAGUUUUCUUCAAAAAUAAGUAACAGAUUCAGUCUGUGCUGAGCAGAGAAAGGUAAUGAAUCCCACUUCACGUUAUGCACUAUUGAUAAAUAACCCUUCACACGAGGAUUUUUUAACA